GGAUCGGAGAGCGCUGCAAGUGCUUAAGGGCACCAGUGCCAGAUAAAGACAGCGCUGAUGUUCCGGAUAGUUGUUCGCAGCCUCUGCCGGUCAGCGUAGAUUUAAAUAAUUGUAUCAGUGCAGCAGGUCGAUGUCCUGAAUUAAUACAAGUCGGCUGUUUGCAAGCUUCCAGUCCAAGAGAUUACUUUCUAGGGAAACUAAUCCGGAGCUGCUUGUUUCUUUGGAUAUUAAGCAGGGGGAAUCACCAUGAACGCAGUGCAAUUGACACUUUGGGCUUUAUUACUGGUGACACCGACUCUAUUUAAUGGUGUAGGAUCAAAAAAAUCACUGGUGAUGCCAGAAAGACAGAUUGUCUCUAUUGGCCAUUCAGUUGUCCUGUCCAGUCGGAUCCCCUCAAACCUAACACCUAUCUCCGUUUCUUGGUUCAAAGAAAAUGCUGGGCAGAUUUUGUUGUAUACCGAUCAGGGAAUUAUUCCAGGAGAUGGAUACCAAAACCGAGUAGGUUUAAAGCACUCGAUGCCAAGCAGGGAUGUCUCCAUAUACAUCAACAACACCAAUUUGUCUGAUUCAGGUCUCUACACUUGCUCAGUAGGAGUCGCGAUUUCCAAUCUUGGCACAUUUAUAAACGGAGCAACUUACCUGGCCGUGCUGAUUCCUCCCUCGCCUCCGGAAUGCAACAUUAUUGGAAACCAAUACGUUGGCAGCAAUGUGACCCUAACUUGUCACUCAGCAACUGGUAAACCAGCACCCAAGUACACAUGGAAACGGGAUGCAUUCAAACCAGGGCCCAUUUCUUUCCGAGGCCGCAGUGAGUAUGUUAAAAUGGGAAGCCUGACAUUGACCAACCUCAGCGAGGCGCUAUCUGGAUUAUAUACUUGCAAAUCUGAAAAUGAGAUAGGGAAUGCAUCAUGUUCAGUACAGUUGAAUGUAAUGAUGCCAAGUAAUGCUGGGAUCAUUGCCGGAGCCAUUAUUGGAGUGUUCUUAGGAAUGUGUUUGAUUAUUGCUAUCGCCAUUUACUUCUGCAGGCUUCAAAAGAAGAGAGAGGCAGAAAAGGAGCAAUAUCUAGCUAAUGAGAUAAAGGAGGAUGCACAAGCACCAACAGGAAAUACUUGGGCUAAGACUGCGAGUUCUGAUAUAAUCUCUAAAAAUGGCACACUGUCAUCAAUGAACAGCACCAUGCAUGCCUACAAGCCAUAUCCUAAGAAGCCACCAUCAGACACUGCUUCAACCAUCACUGCAAUGGGUGUCAACAGCACUGGAAGUUACAAACGCCCAAGCAAUGCCCAAAAAUCGGCGGGUAACACUCCGACAAGAAGCUCACCUGGGCAAUCAGUGCCAGCUUAUGCAUCAUUAGUUAACACGCACCACUCUGGUCCUCCCCCUAAGUGGCAGAACGGAGUUCAGGCACAGGCACCUAGUCAGGCAGCCUCAUUGUCCUCCAUGUCACCAUCUAACCUUGCUAGAAUGGGGGCUGUGGCAGUCAUGGUGCCAGCCCAGAACCAAGCAGGAUCACUGGUGUAGGAGUAACUCAUCAUUAACCAGUUCACAUAAAAAUGCUGCAAUAACUUUGAUGACCAAAGAACAAGGCUUCAGAUGAGAGUCAUUUAUGGUGAAAAGUUACAAAUAUAGCGUUCAGUAUGAACUGUGUCCUGAAGUCCUGCCAUUGCAUCUUGUAAGUUGUUCAACAAGAAACUUGAGAGAACUUGAAAUGAGAAAUUUUGCCCAAAUGCUGGAUGGAUGAAUAGGUGGCCAUUUCUAUUCUAGUGUUUCACUUGUAACUCAAACAAUACAAAUGCUUGACACUAAACUUUUUAUAGCAAUGGUUCUAACUAAUCCCAAUUUAUCCUAGCUCUAUGCUUGUAAUCUCUAUAGCCUCUCUGUCAAAAUAUAGCACGUUUUGAAGAAAAUAAAUCUGCAGUUUUAGCUAGCCUGUA